AUGACACCACCGGACUGCACGCCAGAGUCUGAUGGCUGCCAGCACCCAGAAUUUGUCCUCUUCCCUUCCCUUGAUACUCUGUCGUUUACCACUCUACAGUCGCACGCUCCCAUCAACGCUUUUGGGCGCAUGUUCAAGGGCGUCGAUGCGGUCAAGCUUCCGCGUCCAUGUCUGCCGGACGAGGACCAGGGCCAUCUCUGUGUGAUGGGUGAGCGGCAGCGCCUGCGCGGCUGCUACGAGCGGGAUGGGUGGCUCCCGUCGCCCAACCCGAGCCAGGCUAUGCGCGAGAAGAGGUCCAGGGUGCUUCGACGCCUCGGCCUCAACGACCCCAACGAGCUAGGCGAGUGCUUCCCUGUCUUGUCCAAGUACUGCGAACUUGCGCAGCUAGUCUUGGGCGCCGAUAGCGCUUCUGUCUCCAUCCUCCGCGGUGACAAAGAGGACAUCUACCUGCCCAACCGAAAUUUUCGUUGCUGGUCGUUCCCUACGGGCGAGUCGUUUGCCGGGCACGCAGUGCUCCACCCCGAGGGCCGGUGCUUUGUCGUUGCGGACUUGGAGAAAGACUGGCGCUUUACCAACAACCCAUGCCGACUGGGUGGCCGUGGGCGCAAGUUCUUGGCCGCCGCACCGCUUCGUUACUACCGCCCUGAUGGAGACUUUGUCGACUUUGGCAUGUUGAGCAUCGGUGGCGAAGAAGCGCGCGAAACGUUUGACGUGCGGGAACAGAGCAUCCUGCUACGUCUUGCAAACAUGCUGGUGUAUCAGCUAGCGACCCUGCAAUCUGAGAUUGUGGCCAAGAAGUCGGGCGCCAUGUACGAAGCUAGCAUCAACUUCCUACGUCGGUCUCUCGUGCCUGAACAUCUCAAACUGAAGGCGGCCGAGCCCGAGUCUGCGACGUCGAAUGAGAUGAUAAAGCCGCCAAAACCAAGAAAGACCUCGGUCUCCCGGUUGAAGAAGAGCCGCUACUCUCGACUGCCGAGGUCGGGCGGCGCCCGAGCACUGCUCCUCGACGCGAGGUCUCGCCUCCCGAGUGUGGUCACUCGCUCUACCAACGUCGCUCAGUCGUUGUCGGCACCGAUGGUCCCGUCGUCUUCAGCACAGACAGACCCGUCGCCGGCGCUCACUCCACGGACACCCGCUUCCAAUCGCUCCGAGGCAUCUGCGGAUACGCCGCAACUUCCACAGCGUGCGGUAAAGACCGCGCCGCGUGACUCUCGCCGUGCCAAGCGCAGAGAUCUCAGAGCCGAGACUGCCAUGUUCAACGAUGCUGCGGAGACACUGCGCGGCAUCCUCCACGCGGACGCCGUCUGCAUGAUCGACCUACACGAGUACCAGCUCUACAUCCGCAAGGGAGGAACGACGCCGGAGGACCAGACAACGCAGACCAAGGAGUCGAUUGCCGCUGAUUUCCUACAGGGCAAGGAGUGGCCGUCCAACGUCGAGCCCGUUGUCAAGUACGUCCCACGCACCGACAACCCCAGCGUUGAGAUCAUGGGGCAGAAUGCUGCUCCCGGCUUCGACAUCGACGUUAACAAACCCAACGCCACAGAGACCAUGGCCAAGUUCGCCAAGACCUACUUGGCCACGAGUCAUUUCUGGUGGGACCGCGAGGAUCCCAACGACGAGCUUGCACAGGAGAUCAUGGCGUUUAUGCCCGACAAGUCCCAGACUGUCCUGUCCACUGUGUUCCUCACGUUCGACGGGAUGCUCCGCUACGCCGUCUUCGUCCAGUGGGAGCGGUCACCUCGCAGCUUUGACGACAGCAGCCGUCUCGCGCUGCCUUUCGUCUGGAUCAUUGGUGCCGCGCUCACCUCGGGCCUGGCCAUCUCGCGCGUCCGCAGUGUGGAGGAGAGCCAAAUCACGUACUCUAAUCUGCAAGCGCACGAGCUGCGUACUCCGCUGCAUCAGAUCCUAACCAUCACCCAUCUACUCCGCUCUUCCAUGUCCGACCUCGCCGAGGCUGGCAACGUCACCCAGACACAAACAACGGCUCAUGGCUGCAUGACGACCCUCGAGCAGGUGCGCGACCUUCUCCCGCUGUUGGAUGCGAUCGACACGUCGGGCAAGACGCUGCACGGGAUUGUCGACAACAUCUUGACUUUCCUGGACCUCACUGGCAAGGACAAGCUCUGGGAGAGCUCGCGCGCGAAGCACCCCGCCCUGUUUGGCCACAGCUCGGGUGCGCCCCAGACGCUGCGGGCGAUGCUUGAGGAUCUCGUGCAGGAGGCAUACGAGGAGGAACGUCGCAGUCGUGCAGGCAACGGCGAGGCACAGGGCCACAUCGAGACCGUCCUCGAGAUUGUGUCCAAGGAUCUCGGCGACCUGGUCACCGAAGACCGAGGUGGAGCUCUGCGUCGUGCCCUAGGCCGGCUAAUCGCCAACGCGUACCGGUACGUUGAUGGCCCGGGCUGCGUCGAGAUCUACGUCGACGACGUCGAGGGCUAUCUUCCACCUGAGGGCUGUGAGGACCUCUCCAACACUCGUCGCGUUUCGAUCAACAUUGUCGACAAUGGCCGUGGCAUGUCACUGGACUUUGUCGACAACAAGCUCGGCGAACCGUGGGCCAAGGAGGACCUGUUCGCCACUGGGUCGGGCCUAUCGGUCCACUUGGCUUAUCGCAUCAUCGACCUCAUGGGUGGCGAGAUGGAAAUCUCGUCGGCGCCUGGGGACGGGUGCAGCAUCUCUAUCCAGGUGCCGCUUCCCAUCGCGUCACCGCUGGCGCCCCUUCCCCCCAUCCCGACGGUGGACGGUGCGCCACGCAAAGUGGCGAUUAUCGGCUUUGACCGUCCUGGCCGCGACCUGCGCUGCGGGUUGGACAGGCUCGGCGCGUCACUCGAGCGACAGUAUGCCAGCCUCGGGUGCGACAUUGUUCCUGCUGCUGACGCUGAUCUCGUCAUCAUGGAUGGCGGGUUCGAAUCAGAUGGCAUGGCACCGAGCGUGCUGGCAGCAAUCAACGCAUCCGAGCUGGUGGUCUUUGAAGCGGAGGGCGACAAGCCCGCCCUGAUCACUUUGCCUCCAAACACUCAACUUCGUCGUCUGAGCAAACCCGCGACUCCUUCCCUCAUACGAUCGAGCCUGUCACGAACUUCAUCUCGUGUCGACAUGGAACCAAACAGCACCGAGAUCGUCUUAGGCCGCUCUCGCCCGCUCCGCCUCCACUUUGACUCAGACUCGAUCACGCGCUCCGAGAAGAGCUCGCAGCCGGAUAAGGAGGAUAGGGGUGUCUUGACGCGCAAGGCGGCAUCGGUGUGCAAGGCUUCCAAGAGCCUCUCCACCUUCUUCGGCUGGAAGUCUCGUGGCAUGUGCGUCGAGGAGGCCGUGGCUUCGCUGUGCCUCGGUGACUAUUUCUCAUCGCGCGGCCGACCGAGACUCCCGUCCGGAGCCUCGACGGGUUCGUCUGCUUCGUUCCCGGCGACUUCGCCGUCCGAGGAUGCUGGCACUGACCCACUCGCGUCACCUGGGGUGACUAGCGCGCCGUCGUCGCCGUGGCUCGGCACUGAGUCGACACCGGUCACGACGCCCUCUGACGAGACUCCCGCCAUUAUCCCACCGGCGCCAACGCCGCAUCCCAUGACCGUUCUCGUUGUGGAGGACAAUGUGGUAAACCGCAAGAUCCUCGUACGGAUCCUCAAAACGAGCAACCUCGACCUCGACCUCCGCGAGAGCGAAGAUGGCGCCGACGCGCUCGAGCAGUUCAAGGAGCUCACCGUCGAGCGCCCGCUUAUUGUGCUUUUGGACAUCAACAUGCCAAAAAUGGACGGCUUCACGGCCGCAUCCGAAAUGCGACUCACCGAGAAGCGCCUUAAUGGGGGCGCUGCAGCCAACGGAACGCGCUCCCCCACCCCAGCUGUGCGCUCAAAGAUCUUUGCCAUCACGGCGCUGGCGGGCGAGGACGAGAAGCGCCGUGGCCUCGUCGAGUGCGGCAUGGAUCGUUGGCUCACCAAGCCGUGUUCCAAGCUCACAUUGCAAAAGGUCGUGGAGGAGGCGUGCAACGAGUUCCACCAGCUCGGCGUCUAA